AAUUCUUCAACUUGUUUUUCAUUAUCCUCUCAAACUCAACACAAAUAGUCAAACACCUCAAAAUAUGAUGUUUUCUGCUAAAACUAAAAAAGAUUUUCUCUUUCCGUCUGAGCUGCUGAGUGCUGACUGCUGAGGCUGCUUCAUCAGCUUUGGUGCGGUAGCGUUAUGGUUCCUAGGUGGCCGUGACGGCCACUUCAAGAAUCGUACGUGUCACGCUAAAGAGUGUCCCUUCCGUAUUCUAUAUAAUAUAUUUCUGUUAGCCCCCUUCCGUUUCUUUGUAGUUCCUUUUUUCUGUUUCAUUUCGCUGAUUUCAAUCAUCCUUCUGAGCUACCAUAAAUCGGUCGAUUGCGGUGAAGAAGCUGUCGUUUUCUUUAUUUUUAGCAUACUGUUAUUCUUUCUGUUUUACGGGUUUCCUUUCCCUUCCGUCUGUUUUGUGGGCUAAACAGUUUUCUUCCAAUAAUAGAGUGAGGAGAAGGGCAGAAAUUUGACCUCAAAAUUGGGGCUGUCUCUGUCUGGGACGUUUUCUGCCUCUGAACAGAAGCUGUUUCUGAAUGAACCCUGGAAGGAAUCGUGUUUCUCUUGUGGGUUCUGGUAAAAGUAUGGCCGCGGCUAACGGUAUCGCUUUAUUUUCCAAUAUGGGGUUGGUCAUCCCUUGUUCAUCCAACUUCAAAUGCAAAGUCCAGUACUUCCGUAGAGGUUUGGAAGUGAAUUGUAGUCAAAACCCUGGUUUUGUUUCGUCAAGGAAGAGUAAAUUCCAAGAAUUUAGGCUGUUUAAUUCGGUGGAGUUGGAUACGUUUGUGACCAGUGAUGAUGAGGAUGUGAUGAGCGAAGGGUUUUUCGAGGCAAUUGAGGAAUUGGAACGGAUGGUGAGGGAGCCCUCUGACGUUCUUGAGGAAAUGAAUGAGAAAUUGUCUGCCCGGGAGUUGCAGUUGGUGUUGGUUUAUUUUUCUCAAGAAGGGAAGGACUCAUGGUGUGCAUUGGAGGUCUAUGAAUGGCUUAGAAAGGAGAAUAGGGUUGACAAGGAGACGAUGGAGCUCAUGGUUUCGAUAAUGUGUGGCUGGGUUAAGAAGCUGAUUGAGGAAAAGAGUGAUACUGAGGAUGUCGUAGACCUUUUGGUGGACAUGGAUUGUGUUGGUUUGAAGCCGAGCUUUAGUAUGAUUGAGAAGGUAAUUUCCUUGUAUUGGGAGGCUGGGGAGAAGGAUGCAGCAGUUUUGUUUGUCAAGGAGGUGCUUGCGAGGGGGAUUGGUUAUUCAGACGGUCAAAAGGAUGAGCAUAAAGGAGGCCCAACUGGUUAUCUUGCCUGGAAGAUGAUGGUGGAUGGAAAAUACAAGGAUGCAGUAAAAUUGGUUGUCAGUCUAAGGGAAUGUGGACUAAAGCCAGAGCUUUACAGCUACUUAAUUGCAAUGACUGCUGUGGUUAAAGAGCUGAAUGAAGUUGCAAAAGCUUUGCGGAAAUUGAAAGGUUUCAGUAAGGCUGGUGCGGUUGUUGAAAUGGAUGCUGAAAACACUUUACUUGUUGAAAAGUACCAAGCGGAUCUCUUGGAAGAUGGUGUUCGUCUGUCUAAUUGGGUUGUGCAAGAUGGGGGACCGUCACUUAAUGGAAUCGUUCACGAGAGGCUUCUAGCCAUGUACAUUUGUUCUGGUCGUGGAGUUGAAGCUGAGAAACAAUUGUGGGAAAUGAAAUUUGUCGGAAAGGAGGCUGAUAAAGAUCUUUAUGACAUUGUGUUAGCUAUAUGUGCUUCACAAAAGGAGGCAGGCGCAAUCGAGCGAUUGCUAACAAGAUUGGAGGUUGCUAGUGCUUUGAGCAAGAAGAAAACUUUGUCAUGGCUGCUGAGAGGGUACCUCAAGGGUGGCCAUUUCGAUGAUGCUGCAGAGACAGUGAUAAAAAUGCUAGACCUGGGAUUUUGUCCGGAUUUUCUCGACAGGGCAGCCGUGAUGCAGGGACUUAGAAGAAGAAUCCAACAGUCGGGAACUAUCGACACUUAUCUGAAGCUUUGCAAACGCCUCUCUGAUGCAAAUCUGAUUGGACCCUGUAUGCUAUAUUUGCAUUUAAAGAAACACAAACUCUGGAUCUUAAAAGCCGUCUGACCACACCGAAUGAAAGCUACCAGGUACCAACCAUUCCAAAAGUUCUGGUUUUCUGCCAAAUGUCUGUGUUGUACAGUUUUUGAGGUGACCUGAGAAUAGUAAAUAACCAAGUACUGAGGUUCUUACUCUCAAGUUUGAACUUUGAAGCCUGUGUAUAUGUGUAUGUAUGUAUGAUGGAUAUCUAGAUAUACGGAAGAAGUGACCACGUUGUAGAACAUCCAUGUGAAUGAAAUCUUGUCAUGAUGUCUAACUUUGAUUGGUUUGGCCCGUAGGCAAUUCAAUUCACCUGGAAGGUUCUAGCCGAAACACUAGAUCAUAAAGAAAUUCCUGGGUCUUUUCCUUUGCAAGUGUUCAUGUCUCAAUGUGGAUAGAGUUCUUAAAAGAUAUCAAGCUUUUUUUUCUCUCUCUCUUUUUUUUUUUUUGAAAAGAUAACUGUAUUAGAUUAGGGUUAAGAGACCUAAGCUACUUCUGAAACAUCUA